UUUCAUACUCUCGUAUAAACAAAACCACUCAGAGACGUCUAACACUAAAGAUCAAAGAAGGACAAACUCACAAAAAAGACCUCUGUCUUUUAAAGGUACAUCUUCAAGUAUUCGUAGUUGACUAAAAAAGUUGCAUGAUUGUCGAGAAUCAUCUGAAUUCGGAGUGAAUUCUUGAUCUGAUACAGCCAGUUUAUAGCGAUACCGGGAUAGAGUGCCCAAUGCGAGGAGCAGCUGAUAAAACCCAUUCAAAAAUGUUUCGAAAGAGAAAAAUAGAGCAAAUAGAUCGGAAGCUCAUGGAGACCUUGAAAAUGUGUGCAGCAGAGAAAAUUGGCCCGGAAGAGUUUCGAAGUUUAACAGCACCACUUCAAGCCAUUAACAGUAAAUGGAAGCGGAAAGAAAGAAUUAAAAAUCUCAUUUUGCUUUCAGUGGUUGUGGUAGUCGUUGCAGUCCUUUACCAGGUUGAAGCUACUGCUGACUUCAUUUCGGCUGUGGCGAAGGUGGGAAUGGUCAAAUUGGUGUUGCCCUACUGGGACUGGACGACAAUCCAUGCAAGGGACUGUCUCUUUGAAAAUCCAUACCAGUCUUAUGGAGGAAUCACAGAGGACGAUUGCAAGCCUUUAGCCAGUCUGUCAACGGUGGAGAGAGCUGAAAAUAUUAGCCAGGAUGCCAUGACAGAAGAUCAUCUCUUCAUUGCUGUCCCGAUCAUUGUGACAGAUGCAAUGAAAACAUGGAAGGUUGUCAAAGAUGUGGAUUUUGAUUUAGAUUACAUCUCUAAGCUUUACACUGAUGAUCCAGUUUUAUCAGAGACGUCUGUGUGCAGUGUUUCAGGACUAGACAUGGCUUCAACAUUGCAAGGCUUCUUCCAAAAGAUGCAUACAUUAGAUCAUUUCCAAGUUCAUUGGGGACAUUGUAAAUUGCCAGCAGCUAAAGUAUUACGGCGGUACUACAGCAGACCUUACUUCCUACCAGGGAUGGUGGAGGCUGAUCCCAAAAACUUCAUUAUAGUAGGAGGAAGAAAAGACGAAGAGAUAGCAUCAGAAUAUAGGAGAUUUGACCCAGCCAACAUGCAGGUGACCUGGGUCAGUCAGGUCAAAGGUCAGUUUAGAUUUAAACUGUUCCCAGCCGACGUCUGUGAAGAGACAUGCAGCGUCUUGGAAGGAACUUUGAAAGAAGGAGAGACAUUGGUGUACUGCAAUGACUUUUGGGAUCUGCAAUAUUCAGUUUCAUCGAUAGGAGAAUCAUUGGCCAUCAGUAGCGGAGGGGCAUGGAGUGAUUAAUAGUACAACUAGCUACACCAUUCUGUAAUAUGAGAGCAAUAAACAUGAAAACACAUGGGAAGUAUGUCGAAGUAGAUAACAAGGAUUUAAUUUUGUAUCUUGUACUGAUACAUUUGUCAAGCUUUUGAAGUACACUCACAUGAAUGUCUCAUUUGUUAUUAUAACAAAUGUUAAAAUGGGAAAUUUGGGGACAGUGAUUAUCUGUUUAGAGUUAAGUCCCUGUUCCUAAGAAAUGAACAUUUAUUUCAUGGAGUUUAACUUUGUUUUAUUAACAAAUUGUAAAGCGAAAAGGUCAAAUUUGACUGCCUGUGGAAGUACUAUUAUUUCUUUACUUAGAUUUUUCAAAAAUCUAUUUGAGUGUGAAAUAUUUUUUUAUUACUUUUGUCUAAUUCAGUACUGAUGUUUUUUUGUAAGUUUAUGAGUCUUGGUCAGUUUGAAAUCAAAGUGGUAUCGUAUCAAAACUUUCACAAAUGAAUGAUGCACAAGAUCAUUGAUGCCAAUUGAAUACACGAUGAGGUACCUAAGAUAUUACACUUUUCAGUACUUUAUAAGUCAUAUAAGGAAAAAUGAAGAACUAUUGUGUAAGGCUCGAUAUAGUGAGUCAGGAAAAAAUGUUAGUCUCUUUUAAGUUUUGGUAAAACAUCAAAAAUUCUAAAAGUGCUUAUUACUGUUCUGGUUCCUUACUACUACAUUAUAUGAAGGUGCUAUUCUUUUAUUUGUGUUGAUGAUAUGAUAUGUUUAGUAGAUGUAUUUCAUGAGUUUACAUGGAUAUUUAUUUCAAAUUAAGAUAUCUGCAUAUUUGUUAUACAUAUAUAUAUUUUGUUUAUUAUCCCAUAGGUGCCAUGUUUGGCAAUUUUUAGGCAUGAUCCCACCAAAAGUGUCUGGAAGAACUUCUCACCUGUAUUAUAUCCCAAAAUACCCUUGGGGCAUAUUCUGAAUAUAAAAGCAUGUGAAGAGCAACCCUUCUCAGUGGACCUUUUUAACUU